AAAACUUCAAAAUUUGGUGGUUGACGGCAGCAGGGAGGAGAAUGUUUUAAUGAAAUAUUCAAAAUUAAAAAAAUAUCGAGUUUUAUUAAUUAUGAAUAUAAAAGCGUAGCGGUAGUGGCAGCAUUUUUAUCAAAUGUGUAUUUUUAUUUUCAACAAACGCAUAGGUAGUCGCUAUACUUACGGCUUAGGAUAUACUGGUCCGCCGUCCGGUGGCAAGUUCAGUGUUUUCUCAAUAUGACUUCCAGAGACAGAGACACUAAGACCCUUCAAGAUAAGUUUAAGGGGUUCUUUAAGAAAAGUGGUUCGGGUUCCGCAGGCAGUCAUCACGAGCUGGCAAUAACACCCGAGUUGCGACGUGAGCUGGGACCUGAAACACCUCUGCACCGUCGGUUACGUGCUUUUAAAGAACUCGGAGAAAAAGCCUUGCACAUUCGUAUACAAGAGGGUGAAAUAGAAAAAAUUUGGGCUAGUACUAGGGAUUUGCUUGAGGAUGUAAAUGUGGAACCACGGCAAGCUGUACUGGGCCUGCUUUGCUGCAUAGCUGAGGGACAGCCCGAUUUACUUCUGAUGCGCUCAGUGCUGUUUCGCUAUUUGCGUGAGGCACCUCCACACUGCCGCCCGCAGGACUUUUCUCUAAGAUUUAAGCUGUUACAUGCUCUAACUAACUCUGGCAAGGACAUCAAAUGCUUGGAGGAACAGAUCGGGCCACUGCUAGUGCAGUGGCUGGGCGAGACGGCGGACGACACGGCCGGCGAUGUCAGGGCGCAGUUGCCGGCGCUGGUGUCCCUUGCCACGAACGUCGUGAAGUUCAACGCCGUGUACCUGGAAGAGGCUGAUGUGCACGCGCUGGUGGAGCGCGCGUGUCGGCUGGCGGCGCACGCCCCCGACGCUCCGCCCGUACUGGCGUGCCUAGCGCUGCUCGAGGCUGUGCUGAGUUACUCGCUGCUACCGCGCGGAGCCCUGCCGUCGCUGGUCGCGGCGCUUUGCCGCACCGUGAACCACGAGCACUACUGCCAGCACAGCUGGCGCCUCAUGCGUCACGUGGUCGGAGGGGACGUGGGCUACGCGGCGCUCGGCGAGCUCACGGCGGCGGCGGGCGCGGAAGAGGCCGGCGUGGCGCGCGGCGCUGUGUUCUUCCUCAGCUCGGCACUGUGGGGCGGGCGAAGAGUGCCUACGCUGCAGGUCUCGCCGGCGGCCGUGCUGCCCGCGCUGCGCCGGACGCUCCGCUUGCGCCACGCCGUGCUCGCGUACGAGCUGCUGGUGGCCCUGCACACGCUGGUGGCGCGGGCGCACGCCGACCUGCACUCUCUCGCCUGGGACCUCCUGCUCGACAUCGUGCAAGACGUCGUCGACCUCGACCGGAGCUUCGAGCCACCGAACGACCUGGUCCACUCGCGGUUGCACGCGCUCAUUUCGUCCGUCGAGGAGCUACAGGAGGCGGGGCAGUUCCGCGGCGACCCCGAGCGGCUGCUGGAUCUGUUGGACCUCUGCGGCCACGAGCGACCCGAAGCCUCUGUCGUGCGCCUCAUCACGGCGCGAGGCGCCGCUCUCGACGGCCACUCGGCGACUGCGGCCCUCGCCCUGGCCGAUCGCUACGUGCGCCGGGAGCCGCGCCUGGCCGUCCGUCUGCACGCGCUGCAGACACUGCUGGCCUACAUCCGCCGCACGCGUUGCUCGGCGCGCGAGGAGAUAGCGGAGCGCGUCGGGUGCGCGCUGGCCGGCCUGUGCGCCGGGGACGCCGAGUGCGCCCUCCGCGCGGCCGCCGCCCGAGCCGUGCCCGACCUAGCCGCGCUCUGCUCGCCCGACGCCUGCAUCGAUCUCGUCGACCAGCUCGAGAAGAUCCUGAACCGGCCGUUCGAAAUGUACGUGUCGGAUGUGUCCAUUCCGGCGGACGCGGACACGAGCGACGCGGCGGCGGCGCGGGCCGGCCUCGCCGGGGUGCUGCACGAGCGGCUGCCGCGGGCGCCCGCGGCGCCGGCCGCCCGCGCGCUGCUCGUCCUUCUGGACCACCUCGACCUGCACUACCGCCGUCCCGCCGUCUACCUGCACCACCCAGAGUUGCGUCGCGCCAUCCUCGACAUGCUCUUCGCACUUCGCAGCAACUCUUUCCACUGGGUCGGAUUCUGCUACGACGCGGCGGGCGCGGCCGUGUGGGGACCGGCGGCCCUGCGGCUCCGACCGGUCUGCUCGCCCUACCUAGUGGCCGAGCCGCCGGCCGCCCGCGGCGCUCCUCCGCGGGAGCCGACGCAGGCCGCGGCCGGCGCCUGCGCCUUCCCCGCGGGCCGCGCGGCUCGCGUGCUCGUGGCGGCCGUGUCGCGAGAGGCCGAUUGGCGCGUGACGGCGCACGUGCUGCGUGCGCUGCCGCAUCUGCUUCAGGCGCGUGCGCUCGCGCUCGGCCGCCGCGCGCAAGACAUCGACCUGCUGGCUUCGACCCUCUGCUCCGUGGUUUCGGAGGCGGGCGGCGGCGCGGUGUCAGUGUCAGAGUUGCACGCGGCGGCGCUGCCGGCGCUGGCCGCCAUGGCGCCCUACAACGCCUUCCUGGAGCCGCACACCCAGCAGCGGGUCGUGCGGUGCCUCCUGAAACACGGUAUGGCGCUUCGCGCGCCGCAGCCGUACAUAGCGGCGCUGACGCUCUUCGCGCUGGAGAUGCGCGAGACGAUGGUGCGGAUGCUGCCCGAGGUGCUGCUGGACCUGUCCAAGAUCUCGGAUACGGCGGCCAUCGCCAGUCCGAUGCUCGAGUUUCUGUCGACGCUGACGCGGCUCCCGAGCGCCUUCGCCUCGUUCGUGGAAGACCAGUACAUGUCGGUGUUCGCGAUCCUGCUGCCGUACACGAACCCUUCCCGCUACAACCACUACGUAGUGUCCCUCGCGCACCACGUGAUCGCCGCCUGGUUCCUCAAGUGCCGCCUCUCCUACCGCCGCAACUUCGUGCGCUUCAUCAUCCACGGCCUGCACAACUACGUCAUCGUGCCCUUCGAGGAGCGGCUGCAGAGGGGCCACGCCCCCGAGCCCGCCAACGAGGACUCGUCUAACCGCCAGCGCAGCUCCAGCCUUGGCUCGCGAGCGACGCCGCGGCCUCUGGCCGGAAGGGCGGAGAGAGCGGCGGGUUCCAGCGCUCCCGCCGCCUUCCACGUCGAGCUCACGGAGACAUGCGUGGAUCUGCUGGCGCGCUACACCUUCACGCCCUGCAGCGUCAAGCCGCACAGGAGCGAAGCGGCAGAGUUUCUGCUGCGGGGCGGUCAGGCCACCACGUGGCUGGUGGGGCAUAAGCUGCUCACCGUCACCACGUCGGGCUGCACGCAGGUGGCCGCCCGCCGCGGCUUGUGCGAGCGCUGCGCUACCCUCUGCCGACCCGCCGACGCCGCCCGCCCGCCCCUCGCCGACCCGCCUGACGACGACGGCACCGAUGUCGAACGGCAGCUGUCGUCGGACAACAGAUCGACGGAUCUCCUAGCUGAUGCGAUCGAGCAGUUCACGCGGCGACUCGACAGAAUUUCGAAGGAGGCGGCGGGGCCGGAGAGCGAGGGCGGCCGCGUGCCAGAGGGCGGAGCGUGCGGCUGCCGCUGUGCGCGUUGGGCCCAGCUGCACGUGCGAUCGCCAACCGGCGACGUGGCCUGGCUGCUGCGCAUGCAGAACCACGUCAGCGCCCCGCAUCUGCACGACUGGCCGCUGCACGACGUGCUGGCGCUGCUGUCGCCGCCGGCGGCGGAUGAGCCUCAGACGAGCCGACGGCCUCGGGCGGCGGAUCUGCACAAGACGAGCUCGGACUCCACGGUGGCCGGAGACAGGCGCCAGGCGCAGCCUCCGGCGCCGCCGUCGCAGCGCACUUUGGGCACGCAGCCCAUCAACAUCCCGAGUUCGCCGCAGCGCAUGCCCGCCGAUGACGACGACAUGCUGCUCGUCGUCCCCGAGGGUAAGAGUCGGCACCCGGUGCGACGCUCCAACUCCUCGCCCGAGAUGUCGUCCUCGUGGAAGAUUGGGCUCCGCGAGCCCGUCGGCCCCGCGGCCGUCGACGACGCCCCGGAGGGAGGCGGCGCGCCCGACGACGAGAUGAUUCCGCUGCCGGUCUGCGAGCCCACGACCGCAGCGACGUCGCUGGCGUCGAAGAAGGCGAAAAAGAGCGACCUGCGCGUGUCGUGCGAAGCCAUCCCCGAAGAGAGCGGCACCUCCCCGCAGCCGCCGCGGCCGCACCCCCACCUCGUCACCUACAACUCCGACCCCGGGGACGCCGACGCGGCGCCCCACCACCUACAAAAGACGAGCAGCGACAGCACCGUCCCGCUGGCGGCCGACGAGCUCCCACCGCUGGCGCGCUCCAAGCGGUCUAACACCAUCUCUGUCAUGAGCCCCACCGACCGCGCGAGGUAUCGGCCCGGACGGUACGUUUCCCCCUCCCCCUCGCCCUCCGAUUUCCGACCGGUUCGCUACGGGCCGUUGACUCGAGCUCUGUGCAGGGAGGGAGCUCCGAGCGGAGGCGCCACGGCGGCGGCGGCGGCGGCGGGCAGCGUUUCGCCGUCCUUCGUGUUCCUGCAGCUGUACCACAACAUGAGCACCCGGCCCCUGUCGCCGGCCGUGCCGGGCGAGGCGCCGACGCCGCUGGGGUCCGCGUGCGAGCGGCCGUUGCGCGUGAGCGGGGCGCAGCACGAGCGCACGCUGAAGAACAUCGACCUGGUGCCCCCUAUCGAGACGUACAAGGUCGGAGUGCUGUACGUGGGACCCGGUCAGGCCGACGACGAGGUGGCCAUCCUGCGCAACGAGUACGGCAGCGUGCGCUACUCGGAGUUCGUGCGCGGUCUGGGGGCGCUGGUGCCCCUGGCGGGCGCCGGCGACGGUUUGUUCCUGAGCGUGGAGGGUGGCGGACGCGACGGCCGCUACACGUACGUGUGGAGCGACGACCUGCUGCAGGUGCAGUACCACGUGGCGACGGCCAUGCCGCUGGCUCCGGGCGACCCCACGUGCAACGAAAAGCGCAAGUACGUCGGAAACGACUACGUGUCCAUCGUGUACAACGACUCGGGCCGCGAGUUCGACAUCCUUACGAUCAAGGGCCAGUUCAACCUGUGCGUGGUGGUGGUGGAGCCGGCCGAGGGCGGGCUGAGCCGGGUGCUGGUCAAGACCAAGAGUGAGCGCAUCCGCAGCAAGUUCCUGGCGCAUCUGGCGCCCGCCGUGCUGUCGGACGCCAACGCGGCGGCGCUGGCCCGCCAGCAGGCGCUGCACUGCGCUCUGGCCUCGCAAAUCUCGCAGUCGCUGGAGAGGCCCGGCGCGCCGCCUUACGCCUCCAAUUGCCUCGAGCGGCUGCGACUAAUCAAACGCCUGCGAGCACGCGUCGAGGCCGAGCGUCGCGCUCAAGCCGCUCGCGCGCCGCCGCCGUACCACGCCUCGCCGCACUCGGCGCACGCGCAGCGCCGCGUCGCCAUCGACGACUUCAAUGACUACACCUAGCGGCCGACGCCCGCGCAAUUUUUUUUGGGCAGCUGAGAGCGAUGCGCCGUUCGGCGGACGCGAAGGCGGAUGCACGAUGAUUGUUUUAUUGUGACGUGUGAUAGCUUUUAUCAAUUAUAAAAACACAAUAUUAAUAAAAUAUUAUGGAACUA